AUGGCCGAGUCCAGCGGCCUCAAGCCGGGCAACGGCUCCUCGCAUGUGAACGGCAAGAUGAACGGCCAAACAGCAGGCAAGAAAUACGCUGCACGACAACACCGCGGCUUCUUGGCCUGGCUAUGGGGGACGGUUGCUAGACUUGCGACCUGGUCCUUUAUUCUCACGCUCCUGUUCCGCUGCCCUUCUACCCUCGAGGAAUGCGACCAAGACUCUCCCUUCAUCUGCAAGCCGUAUUUCCAGGCCAAAGCCGCCGUCGCCCCAUACACGCUGCCUUACUACGAGCAAUUCGUUGCGCCAUAUGUGGACUUUGCGCGGCCUUACUACCAAGUUGUCAACUCCAACGUCCUCACACCGGUGCGCGUCUACGGUGGACCGUGGGUUGAAAAGGGCCAGGAACAAGCUUGGGCUCAAUGGGAGAAGCACGGCCAGCCUCAGGUAGCUCAGCUGCGCGCUCUGUCUCAGAAGCAGUACGAGGAAACCAUUGCUCCACACCUGGAGCGCGUAGGCGAGGUCUUUGGACCCUACUACGAAGUCGGCCGAACCAAUUCUCUCCAAUUGUACAACGAUGUUUUGCUGCCGACAUACGACCUGGUGCAGCCCUAUGCCCAUCAAGGCUACAACGCGGCCUCGAACUUCACUACCGGCACGGCACUGCCUGCUGCUCAAUGGGUCUGGGCAAGGAUCAACGCCUUUCUCAACAGGGCCGUGUGGCCCCAGAUUCGAAUGGUCUAUGUCGAGAACGUAGAGCCUCAGCUCGUUCGAAUUGGCGAGCGCUUGGAACGGUACAAGAACCGAGCGAGGACCAAGGUCCUUCCUGAAGUGACGUCGUCUACUACAAAACGGAAAACGACUACUGAGCCACCACGAUACUCGUCCUUUAGCAAGCCAUCCCCGCAAGGCGCACAAUCGCCAAGCACAACAGCUUCCGAAUAUGUUGUGUCCACCCCGAGCUCUAGUGUUGAGCAGCAACCGGCAACAGAAUCAUACUGGAACCCUGUGCAAGCCCCUCUUGCUGCGGAAAACGAGACAGAGCAAAGAAGGAACGCCCGUGAGAUGGUGGCGCAGGACCUUGAGAUGUGGCAGAAUAAAUUUGCUGCCCAGGCCGAUGAAGGCGCUGCCGAUAUGGAGGACCGAAUCGAUGAGAUUGCGAAUCGCAUGGUUGUGGAUGAGAUUCUCGCCAAAGGCAAACCUCUUGUCAAGAAGCUCCAGGCCACAGUCGAGUCGGAGACCGACCGUCUCAAGGCGAAGAUUUCUAGUAUCGUUGCAGAAAAUGCUGCCAGCCCGCUUGACGAUGCUCAAGAGCAAGUCAUUGCCGCUGUCCGAGCUGCCGGCUUAGCCGUCAAGACGGCCGCGCAAGAAAUUAGAUCCUGGCGUGAAGAUUACGAUGAUGAUUUGGAAUACAGGGUUCUCAGAGCCGCCGACGUGCACUUUCAGAUCCUUGACGAGACUAGGAAUCUCGCGCUGCAGCAACUCGGAAUGAAGUGGGCCUGGACCGAUGGUGUUACCUACAAAGACUGGGCAAAGUACCACGAGUUGAAACAGACGCUGACAGAGUGGACCGAAGAGCUGAAACAUCUCAUCGUCACUCACCCUACGCUGCUUCAAGCACAGGAUGCUGCAGCUCUGGUUGAGGAUGAUGGAAUGGCAAUUGCGUCUGGUGCUGCCAAGGAGCUUGCUCGCCUUAAGCAAGUUGCUCAGUGGAAGCUUGUCGCAAAUGAUGCUACCGAGAAUUUUGACACUGAGGCGAUGGAGAAAGCGGCAGACGCUGCGCUGAACCCUGUUGUGCCUGAGGAUGAGGCCACCUCGGAGAAUCACGAGCAGGGAGAUGAGGAUGCUGUCUCUGAUGCAGUUCCAGAAGAGGUGACAACAGAAACAGCUGAUGAAACCACGCCGUCAUUGGAGUCUGAUUCUACUGAUGAACCCAUUGAUGAUGCCGUUGUGGACGAGCAAUCGCCAGACGUGGAUUCAAGUGAGGAACUUCCCAUCGUGGAUGAGGCCAGCUCGAAUAUCUUUGAACAUGUUGUGGAGCAUGCUGACCUCAACGAUAAAGCCCAGCAGCCACUUACCAGCCAGAACGACGAAGUCUCUGUUCAACAUGACAAUGAAGAAUCUAGCUCGGUUGUUUUGAAGGAGCCUUCCACAACCCCUAGCGCUGCGACUACCGAAACUGUACUGGAAUCCCAGGCUGAAGAAACUACCGAGUCCGUGUUGGAAUCCGAGGCUGAGCUUCUGGAUGAGGACGAGACCUCAUGGCAACAAGAUGAAUUGACUUUGGACCAUGAUUCUACUUCCGUCAAGGCAACUUUUCUCGGCGCGGCCGCUCAGGUAGUCUCUGGCCGGCAACCCAUCUUGGACGAGGACGAGGACGAUGAAACUGACGAUAAUUUCCUAUCUAGCGCGACUAAAGCCGCCGAGGCAGCCUAUUCCAGCGCGAUUUCUCUGGCAUCUGGCCAGUAUUCGAGUGCAUCGUCCAUCAUUUCCGCCCAGGUCCAUGGUACCCCGACCCCGGCUGUUCAGAACCAACUCCUUUCUUCGGUAUCGGCCGCUUACGACCAGGCAGUCGCUGCGGCGAGCUCAAGAUUCAAAGAAGUUGUCGAUGCAGCAUCAGCUGGAGUCUAUGGCACGCCGACGGCUACUCAGGCCACCCCGACACUGGCACACUGGAGGCAUGUGGAAUCGAUUGCUGCUGAGCGCCUGAAUGAGGGUAAACUGUGGGCUGAGCUUCAGUACCAGAGUGCCUUGAUUGCCCUUGGAUUAGCAACUGCAACCCCUACUCCAACUUCUGUGGCCGAAAAGUAUUACGAACAGGCCAAGUACAACUAUUACGCUGGAAUCGGGAUGGCUCACGAUCGUUAUAACAACUUUAUAUCUGCUGCGUCUUCAGCAUGGUCCUCACUAACAGCCACACCGACGCCCACACCCAAAGCUUUCGCCGACUCUGCAAUUUCAAUGGUUUCUGCUGCGGGAAAGGCUGCCGAAUCUGCCUACUCCAAGGCGAGUGAGAAUGUUGCUUCUGCGGUCGAAGCUGUCGACGAAUCUAUUUCUUCUUUACACGAUGCUGCGACUGAACAGAUUUACAACGCCGGGGUAGCCAUUGGUGAGACAUGGGGAACGGUCAUUAGCCAACUAAGCAUUGAUGUAUAUGGCCAGCCAACCCCGGCAGCCAUUGGGUGGUACGAUGGUUUGGUAUCGGAUGCGCAGGCGGUUGUGGCGAGUGCUACUUCAGCUAUUGGCAAAGCCACGCAAACUGCAUCCGCUGGUGCUUCAAAGGAAUACGAGUCUGUGAGCGAGCUGGUUUCGGAGCUGAUUGUUGGUCGGGAGGCGCCUUUCACGGAGAGUGUAUUAUCAAGACUUCAAGCGGCGUAUGCAACGGCGACGCAGAACAUGGCAAGCCUGGCGAGCGAAGCUAGUGCGGCCGCUGGAUCAGUGGGUGAAAAGGUGGGAAGUAUGGCAAGCAAGGCAACCGACGCUGCAAAGCAUGGAAGGGACGAGCUGUAA